AUGGCUGCAGUAUGGGAAAUGGCCAAAUUUUUUAACAUAUUUACUCUGCUAUUAUGCAUUAUUGUAUUAGCAAAAGCUAAAGUGGAUGAAUCCCAACAACCUGUUGUUAUACGUUUAGAACCACAACCAAAAAGACCAAAUUUUAUGAAAGAAGUUGAACCACCACGAGCUAUUCAUCCACCAUCUCAAAAAUUACAUUCAGCUCAAACUAUGAAUCUUGAAUCUCCUUCAACUUCAUCAUCAUCAUUACCAACACUUCCACCAAUUCCAGCUGCUGCUGUUGCUCCAACACAACCAAAUGUUUUUGGAGCAUUACCACCAGCUCCACCAUCUGUUCAACAACCAAUAUUUAAUAUUCCAGGAUCUCCAGGAAAUUCCAAUUUCACACCAAGAGAAAUUGUAACUCCACCACCACCUCCACCAGUUCAAAUACCAACUGAUGUUCAAAAUCAAUUAAUUAAAUUCUUUGGUUUAGAUUCAUUUGGUAUACCUGGAUUAACUGGUAAUCAUCCAAAUGGUUUUGCUGGUGCUGUUCAAGAACUUCGUGCAGCUGGUAUUCCAGUUCAAGCAUUACCUGCUGAACAUGUUCCAGGAGCACCACCACCAUCAACACCACAAUCAGAUGUUUUAUCAGAAGCUAAUCCAAAUUUUGCUAAUCAACUUAAUCAAUUAAUGAAUGAAGUUAAAGGAGGAUCAUCAUAUCAUGGAACAGGUAAUGUUCCACUUCCUGAACCAACACCAGGUGAAAACGGGUUAAUUGGACUUUUGUCAACUUCUAUUAGAAAACUUGUUAAAGAAUCAGGUGUUGCUGAUGCUCUUGCUCAAGGUAUUCCAUCUGUUUUAGGUACCAGUUCAACAAAUACUGGAACAGGUGAAAUUUCAGCAGAUCAUGAUUCUGAUCCAAGUAGUGUUGCUUCUGUUUCUCAUGAUAUUCGUAGACAACAAUCACCAACAGAACGUGCACUUUCUGGAAUUGCUUCAGCUCUUGGUGGUGGUGGUCCAAAUUCACCAACACAUGCUGGUUUACCAAGAAUUCCAGGAAUUCCAUUAUUACCAGGCGGUAUUCCAAGAAAUGCUCAAGGACAAAUUGAUGUUGUUAAUUUAAUUGGUUCUAUUACAAGACGUGUCUCAAAUGGUACAACACUUGCUGAUGUCAUUCCACCAGAACAACUUCAAACACUUGCUGAUAAUGUUACUGAUGCACUUCUUCCAGCAACACCAGAAGAAUUUGAUAUGGGUAAAUUUAUGGGACGUUGGUUUGAAGGAAUUAAUUCUCCACGUGCUACUGAACAACGUUGUGUUGUUCAUCAUUAUGGUGGUCUUACUAAAAAUGAUAAAACUGCAACAUUUACAGCUCUUAAAAUUUAUCGUGAAGGAUCAGAAUUUGGACCAGUACGUUAUUCUAUUGGAUAUGCAUUCCGUGGUGGAAAUAAAAAUGCUAUGCUUCAAUUACACUCUUCAGAGUCAUCUGAUGCACAACCAUUUUGGAUUUAUAAAUUAGGACCAGAAGGAAAAGAUCCAUUUGAUAAUCCACAAUAUGAAUAUGCUAUUGUAUCUAAUUGGGUUAAAUAUCCUGUUACAGUUUUAGUACGUGAUCCAGAUACAUUUAAAAAGAAGUAUGAAGUUGAAGUUCUUAGAUGGUUAGAGGAUCAAGGAUUUAUAAAUGGAUUUGUUCGUGCAUUUAAUCUUCUUCAACCUGCUUCAUAUAGUUCCUGUCAAUAUGCUGACAGUACCUUUGAAGUAUUUGGCAAAUGA